AUGAACAGGCUGUAUUUUCAUUGCCAGAUUGGACAAAGCAAGGCUUAUAUAUAAUUGUUUGCUUUGCUAUUUUAACAAAACGCGUCACCAUUAUCAUUAUUAGUUUGAUUUGAUCCACGAGUUCAACGUGACGUGGUCAGUGAGAUGGGAGCGGGAUCUGGGACCAUGCCAGCCGUUAGGAAAAAAUCACUCAGCACCAACGUCGCUCGCCUUCCGCAGCGCUCAUUUAUGUUUUAACAUUCUCUCUGAGGCAUUUUAUCGAACAGAUACAUAAAAAACCGAGCGGUUAACGAGAGGGAUCGGGGGAUAGGGAGCGAUGAGUUUCAGGGAUGAUUCAGAUGAUGGAAGGGAUAUGCGGAAGCCUUUCCUACAUACAGGGAGCUGGUACAGGAUGAGUUCAAGGCAGUCGAGCAUGAUGGGCUCGUCGCAGGCAAUUCGAGAGAGCUCCAUAUCUGUUGUGGCGUGUGUUUUGAUUGUGGCUUUGGGUCCUAUUCAGUUUGGAUUCACGUGUGGUUAUUCCUCUCCCACCCAAACUGCAAUCACUAAGGAUCUUAAUCUCACGGUUUCUGAGUAUUCUUUGUUUGGUUCCUUAUCGAAUGUGGGUGCCAUGGUUGGGGCCAUAGCCAGCGGUCAGAUUUCUGAGUAUAUUGGGCGAAAAGGGUCUUUAAUGAUUGCUGCCAUUCCCAAUAUUAUAGGGUGGCUUGCUAUCUCUUUUUCCAGGGAUUCUUCUUUUCUCUACAUGGGAAGGUUGUUGGAAGGAUUUGGUGUAGGAAUCAUCUCGUACACGGUUCCUGUUUAUAUCGCUGAGAUUGCACCUCAAAAUAUGAGAGGAGCCUUGGGCUCAGUGAAUCAGCUUUCUGUCACAAUUGGAAUAAUGUUGGCUUAUCUGCUGGGACUUUUUGUUCAAUGGAGAAUACUUGCAGUUCUGGGAAUAUUACCAUGUACGGUUUUGAUACCAGGCCUGUUUUUCAUCCCAGAAUCUCCUCGGUGGCUAGCAAAAAUGGGGAUGACGGAAGAUUUUGAAACUUCUUUGCAAGUUCUCCGUGGUUUUGAUGCUGAUAUUUCUAUUGAAGUAAAUGAAAUUAAGAGAUCUGUAGCAUCAACAAGCAAAAGAACCACUAUACGUUUUGCAGAACUGAAACGGAGGAGAUAUUGGUUUCCUCUGAUGAUUGGAAUCGGGUUGCUAAUGCUGCAACAGCUCAGUGGAAUUAACGGUGUUCUGUUCUAUUCCAGUACGAUUUUUGAAGCUGCUGGGAUCUCUUCUAGUAAUGUGGCCACAUUUGGAGUUGGUGCUAUUCAGGUCAUUGCCACAGGAGUAGCAACAUGGUUGGUGGACAAGACUGGCCGUAGGCUUCUUCUUAUAGUCUCUUCUUCUGGGAUGACUUUUAGCCUCCUGAUUGUUGCCAUAGCAUUCUAUAUAAAGGGUUUCACAUCAGUUGAUUCAAGUCUUUAUAGCAUAUUGGGCAUCAUAUCAGUAGUCGGGGUUGUGGGAAUGGUAAUUUCUUUCUCACUUGGACUUGGACCCAUUCCUUGGCUUAUAAUGUCCGAGAUUCUUCCUGUCAAUAUCAAGGGUCUUGCAGGAAGCAUAGCAACGCUUGCCAAUUGGUUCAUUUCAUGGGUGGUUACAAUGACUGCAAAUUUGCUCUUGGAUUGGAGUUCUGGAGGAACCUUUACCAUCUACAUGAUUGUGAGUGCUUUCACGGUGGCAUUUGUGACGAUAUGGGUUCCAGAGACGAAAGGAAGAACUUUGGAAGAGAUUCAAUUUUCCUUCAGAUGAUUUUUUUUUGGGUUCGUUUUGAGUUUUAUGGAAGUAUAUAUAGAAGAGGCUAAUCUCUGCGUUUAUUAUUUGUAAUUAUUCGGCAAAAACUGUGUCAUUGUAUCGCUACACAACUCCAUGUUUCAUAUCUUCAUAAAUAUGUAUUUUAUUGUAGACAAGAACAUGCCGGUGUACCUUGUUGUUCAUCGAAUUGAAAAUGAUAAAGAUUCUAGCAGUUGGUGUCUUA